CGUUGGUUGGGUUGGGUUGGGUUGGGUUGGGUGGGUUGGAUUGGACGUCGCUGGGCGCAGGGGUGAGGUUGUCAUUGGAGAUGAUGUUGGUAUUCGGUUCUGCACGGGUUGAUGGGGAGAGGCGAUGGUGUGUAGAGCGCGAGCGGCGCACGGGGGGAGGGGCGGCGGGGGCAGUCGUGGGCAUUGCAGUCGAGGCGGUUGAUGAAGGGGUUGGCGGUAAGCCACGGAAGCGUGAGGAGGAGAACAAAAACAAGAGGAAGACGAAGAGGAAGACGGACAAAAGAAUGCACAACAAAGAAUGGGACGAUCUCAUUUCUAGGUAGAAGAAAAACAGAAAAAAGAGAGAAAAAGCGAAAAAGAAGAGAAAAUGGAGGGAGUCAUGGGCAAUGCAGCUGGAGCGGUUGAUGAAGCGGUUGACCCCGAGCCACAGAAGCGCGAGGACGGCAACAAGAAGAGCAAGACGAAGAGGCGAAUGACAAGAGAGAGAACAACAAACAGCGGGACCAAAAAAAAAAAAAAAAAAAAGAAAAGAAGAAGAAGCUAGGGAGGGAGCGGGGCAUCGAUGCAGUCAGUAGUAUAUAACGCUCUCCCUGGCUGAUGAGCAGGCCGGGGAAGGAAGUCGCGUGUAUUGCAGACAGACGCCCUCGAAUAUCUCGGUGUAUCUGCGGGCCACAUUGCAGCGGGGGCGUGUUGAGCUGACCUGAAAGGGUCCUGACCGGGCUGGGGACACACAGGCAUUCAUUGUUGGGGGGGCUCUUGGCUGUCCAUCCAUGCAUGGUAGUGUUCCCAGGUUGGGUGGGAGGGACAAGGAAGGACUGGCUCUGAGAGGGGAAGGAACGGCAAUAGUAUUUAGUUUUGAGCUCCCUUUUUUUUAGGACGUCAGUAGUAUUUUCAUGCAUUCAUGCAUGCAGAUGAAGGAUAAACGUUGUUGUGGAGAGGUUCGUUCUUUUUUUUCCUUCUCUUCUCGUUGUCUUGAGAACGUAUGGAUAGGCGCGGCGCUUUAUUUUAUAGGAUUUAGACACAUGUCGCAAGCCACUGACUAGAUAAUACCGGGUUCUUUAUUUAUUUUUUAUCGGGUUCUUUAUUUAUUUUUUAUUUUUUUUCUCCCAUGUUCUUUUAAGAUACGGGGUUCUGUUCGCCCCUUCAUUCAUUUGGUCUGGAUUGGACGCUCUAGUUGGGCCUCGGCCUGUGUAGAUAUAGAACUUCCGCCGUCUCUACGUAGCAAAUGAUGUCUCGGGUUCGUUCGCUCAAUAUAUCAUGAGGAAGAAAGUGGAUGAAAUCGACGUUGCCAGUAAAAAUCUGUUUUUUUUUUUGUUUUGUUUUUUUGUUUUGUUUUUUUUUCCGGUGCUGUUCCUUACGGUCAAUGAUGGUUGAUGGCCACAAUGAGGGUGAGGCAUAGUUGGUAUAUGGAGGUAGGUGAGUUGUGUCAGCAGCGGAAGAGGACAGAGAAURUGAUCACAAGUUUUGGUUUGCUCUCCAGAGGAUACCGUCGGGAUCGGGACGACAAUGACUAGAAAUGGAGCGAGGAAAGGGGAUGUGUUUGAGUCGGAUAUCGAGGAUAUGUGUUCGAUCCAGUUUUGUUUGCUCUGUAGAAUUGUAGGCGUGGGAAGACACGAACAGGAAAGUAGAUCUCAGCUGGUGUUCACUGACAGGGCGGGAGGAAUUACACAACGAGGUUUUUUUUUUUUUUUUUUUUUUUUGAAUUGCCCACGAGUUAUUCCGGGUCGUUGACAAAAUUUCAUCUCAUUUCGUAUAAUUUGUCGUCGGACGUCAGAGAGAGACUCCGUUAUAUCUUUUUGUGCCUUGCUCCACCACUCACUAAAUGUGCAAAAUGAGAAUGAAUCUUCUGCUACAAC